AUGCCAGCGCCGAACACCCCUACGCAGGCGACGGUUAGCUGGCCAGACGUGCUGGAGGAGUUGGUGAACAACUCUGUCAUCCUUGAUGGGCACCGCACUCUUAUGAAAGCGGUCAUGCAAGGUGUUCGAUCUUCCCAAUCUGGACUGAACGAUGUUGCCCAAGGCCUUCUAACUGGCUUUGAGGCAUCUUCCGUGGCCACGACUGCUAAUGUCGCGGCACUAGAGGAGAUUGAUCGGAAACUCAAGCUUUGUGAUAAAGAGCUUGACCUUGUCAACAGAUGGCUUGACGAGGCGCAAGCUGCCGCCCCCAAGGUCGAGAGCUUGAAGGAGGCCCUGAAGAAAGCUGAGGCCGCGGCAGCCGCUAAGAAAAUGGUUGCUAAUGAGGCGGUGGCCGAGCUCGAGAAAGCCAAGCUCGUUGGUGAGCAGCACGAGGCUGGCAUAACCGAAGUGCAAGUGGAGCUCCAUGAUGCCUCCAAGAAGCUUGAGGCCCUUGAGAAGGGGAAGGAGGAGCAAUCCUCCCAGCUAGGAAGGAGCCCCAGGAGGGGAGGACUAACGCGCCAGGUGUCUGGGAAGAGCUCCGCCAAGUCGGGAAAACGACUGCCCGCCCUUAACCGAACUCCAUCUACCAGAAAAAAGUCCCCACCUGGCCGCCUUCUUCCUCGGUUCCUCUCACUCCCCACGACCUUCUGCCGCCCCACCCCCACCACCACCACCUUCCUCCCGCCCCACCCCCGACCUCCACUGCCUUCUGCCGCCGGGGCCGCCAAGCGCCGUGCCGCCGUCCGACCCAGCCACCUCCAACACCUGGCGCAACCAGCGCCGCCGCUCAACCACCAGCAUCCGCGCGUGCCGCCGUCCACACCAACCUGCGCGCCGCCGCCGCUCUGUUCAUCACCACCCAAGGCGACCUGGCUACCUCCAACCGUCGCCGCCCUGCCGAAUCCGGUGAGAUCCGGCCGCUCGGGUGACCCGGCUACCUCCAACCGCCGCUGCCCUGCCGGAUCCGGCGAGAUCUGGCCGCCCCGCCAUGGCUCGCCCCCUACCCCGACGACCUCCUACUACGUAAGUGCGCCAUGGCUCGGCCACGACCUCCCUGCUACGCCGCUGUGGUCGGCCCCGACCCCCAUGGAUCGGCUGCCCCCGCACCUUUCUCCUACUGAUAGGCGGCGGACACCCCUCCCUCCCCUCCCCAGCCUCCCUGCUGCUGGAUCCAGUGCGUGCUGUUGUGCGCUCCUCCAUCUAGUGCAGUGCCCGCGCUGCUGGCGUGCAGUGCUGACGGAUCUGGCAUGCAGUGCAGUGCGCCCCCAACACUUGGUCACGCGUUCUGCUGUUCGUUUCUCGCAGGCGUGCAGCUCGUCCCCCGCGCGGCGUGCAGCUCUACUCUGCCUCGAUGGAACUGCGCCUCCACCUAGUGUUUGUUCAGUUUUGUUUCCACAUCAUGGCCACAAGUGCAGGUUCUCUCGGUUGCAGCUCGGUUGGGUCGUCGCUGAAGUAUGGAGGCACUUGAGAAGUUUAGAACCAUUAGCAACCAUAGAAUCUUCAGUUUUGCAGUAAAGUCUGUAGUGUAGUGCAGUUAACUACUGGGGAACAACACCGGCAAGGCGUGCAAAAAAAUAGGACGACAUGCAGCGACGUAGCCGUGCAGCUCGCUGGUCAUGGUGCGCGAUUCUGGCUGUGCCGACAAGCAGUACAUGGCCACGCCUGCGUCCUAGUGGUGUAGUCCAGUGUCCGCGGAACAUGCAGCUCGCUAGCUCAUUGCACGCGGUUCCGGCGGCGCGGGAAAGCAGUACAAGGCCGCGCGCGUGUCUGAGUGGUGCAGCUCGGUGCUCUUGUCCGUGCAGUUUGCUGUUGUAUUCGACAACAAUGGCAACAAAAGCUUGGUCCCCGGGAAGGCAUCAAACAGGGGCGUUCGACGGCGACCUGCUCCCGGCCGACUGCAAGGACAAUGGCCGUGUGGCCUCGCGGGUGCAGUUCGCUCCACUUCUCGAUGGGGUUCGCUAGCCCCGGUGCUGCAGUGCGCCUCGAGGUUUUCUUCUCCUUGGGUGCGUGAAGGUUUGUCCGUCGUGCGGGCGUGAACAUGCAGUUCACCGGGGACCUACAGAAGAAAGAAAAUCAUUUUAUUUAUUUUCACUUUUUUCUUGAAUGUGCGAGAAAAAAAUGUAAAGGUAUGUAAAAUUGAUACAGUCCGUUGGUGCACUCCUUGCGGCUCACGUGGCUCGUGUUUGAAGUUUUUUGUUGUAUUUUAUUUUUUGACCUGUUUUCUAAAAAGAGUUUGUUGAAAGCAUGAUGCAGUUUUCACUGUUAAAAAACCUUGGUGGUUUUCUUUGUAAAAAAUGGACCGUGUAGUCUAGAUGACUUGAAAAAAGUCAGAAAAUGAUGAAAAAAUGCGUGCAGAUAGUUUUUUA